AUUCAUUCAUUUACAAUCAGUCAACGUAAAAGGACGUCCGCGGCGUGUUUGCGCGUCCUUUUCACGUGCUUUGAAAUUAUAGUGUCAAUUACCGUUUUUAUGACAGAAAAUCUCUAUAUUUUGAUACCAAUGUUAUCUUCUAGUGAUAUUAGUUAAUUACACGUUUUAAAUAUGUGUCGAAUGGCUUUAAUGCUGACAUAAUGCGAGUGUUUACAAAAAAUAAAUUCUGAUUACCUUUACGAAAUUUAAGUGUAUCAAAUAAUUUAUAAGGCUUAAUGUCAUCAAAUUAAAUAGUGCCAUCGAAAAUGUGUCCAAAAACACUUUAAUCUAACGUAAAUACAUUCGUAUAUUCAUUAUAAAAACGCCGGUCGUAAGAAAUAAAAAUGGGUUCGCCUGAGAAGGACAUAGAGUUGAGCCCAGUGAAAAGUGACCCCAAUCCUAGUGGCCCAGCGCUCCCGGAGAAGCUGAAUGUGCCCAUAGAUGACGAGGAAGAUGUUAUCAUCGGACGGUUUAGAAAAAUAAGUUCUGCUAAGUCUAUGGCAGCUACAAACGGCCAGAUACAGUACCCUACUGAUAUAACAGUGAAGUUAGAUGGUGAUUCGGAGUCAGGAUUGCAGUUUAAGAAGGAGCCUGGUGAGAAGGACAAGCUGCUGGAGCCGAACAAUGGUGUGGUGAUGCAGAGGAAGACUCCGGUCACCAAGAGCAGUUUCAGAGAUAUUGAGAAGCCAUCUCGGUUCAGGAAUCAGCAGUCGGCUACCAGGUUCCAGAUGCAGGGAAAGUCUGAGGAUGAAGCUACGGAGGACUCCAACGAAUCGGGGAUGGAGAGCGACGAUCCGCUCACGGCGUCUGACACCAAAUAUGGCAAGAGCUUCAGACAUUUCACCCGCGAAGCGUUGCCCAGGCUGGACAACUACAGGAACGUAUUGUCCCUGCACGCGGCGCCCCGACCCACAUUGGAUGAGCUGCACAACGCCUCUCUGUCCAGGAAGCCAGGUCAGACCAUGGAGAAAGACGCCGAGGGCCCGGCGCUGCCCAGCCCCAACCUGAAGUUCGGCUGGAUCAAGGGCGUGCUGAUGCGAUGUCUGCUCAACAUUUGGGGCGUGAUGCUUUUCCUCCGACUCUCCUGGGUGGUCGGGCAGGCUGGCGUGGCGCAGUCAAUCCUGCUCAUCAUGACGACGUCAGUGGUGACCACCAUUACAGCGCUCUCCAUGUCUGCCAUUAGCACCAACGGGGUCAUCAAGGGAGGUGGAACGUACUACAUGAUAUCGCGGUCGCUCGGCCCCGAGUUCGGCGGCAGCAUCGGCCUCAUAUUCUCAAUGGCGAACGCUGUCGCUUGCGCUAUGUAUGUCGUCGGCUUUGGAGAGUCGCUUAUAACACUCAUACCUGAGUCGGCAUACAUGGUCAGCAAGGCUUGGGACCAAACAAUCUACGGAUGCAUCACCAUAGUCCUACUGACGGGCAUCGUAAUGGUGGGCAUGGAAUGGGAGGCCAAAGCCCAAAUAGUGUUGCUGUUCAUACUUCUAGCCGCCAUAGUGAAUUUUCUAAUAGGCUCCAUUGUAGGCCCGAAAAGCGAUGUCGAGAUUGCGCAAGGCUUUGUUGGAUACAACAUGACGGUUUUGAAAAGCAACAUGGGACCCGACUACCAGUUCUACGAGGGUGUGGACCAUUCAUUCUUCUCCGUGUUCUCGAUAUUCUUUCCCGCGGCUACAGGGAUACUUGCUGGCGCUAAUAUUUCUGGCGAUCUUAAGGACCCACAAAAAUCAAUCCCAAAAGGUACUAUCCUGGCCAUUCUACUAACGACCCUGUCAUACCUGUUAAUUGCCGUGAUAGUAGGCUGGACCGUGCUACGGGAGGCCACGGGGGCGGUGGAGGACGUGGCCAACUGGACCAUGGGGGCCUGCGCUAACAGGACCUGCGAGUACGGACUGCAUCACAGUAACGAUGUGAGUUUAAAAGUGAAAAUCAAUCCCAAAAGGACCUGCGAGUACGGACUGCAUCACAGUAACGAUGUGAUACGCCUGGUGUCUGGUUUUGGACCUCUGAUAUACGCGGGAUGCUUCGCGGCCACUCUAUCCUCUGCGUUAGCUUCUCUCGUAUCCGCUCCCAAAGUAUUCCAGGCAUUGUGUCAAGACAAGCUGUACCCGUACUUGGAGUUCUUCGCGAAGGGCUACGGCAAGAACAACGAACCGGUGCGAGGAUACGUGCUCACCUUUCUUAUCGCUUUCGCAUUCAUUCUAAUGGGUGGUUUGAACCAGAUCGCGCCACUGAUUUCGAACUUUUUUCUUGCUGCGUAUACGUUGAUCAACUUCUCAACAUUCCAUGCGAGUCUCGCCAGACCCGUCGGUUGGAGGCCUACUUUUAGACUGUACAACAUGUGGCUGUCGCUGCUGGGCGCGGUGCUGUGCCUGGCGAUCAUGUUCGUGAUCUCGUGGAUCACGGCGCUCGUGACGUUCGCGUGCCUGCUCGCGCUCUACCUGCUCGUGUCCUACAGGAAGCCAGAUGUGAACUGGGGCUCGACGACGCAAGCACAGACGUACAAGGCGGCACUGUCAGGCGCGCACCAGCUGAACCGCGUGACGGAACACGUCAAAAACUACAGACCACAAAUACUGGUGCUAACUGGGUUUCCUGGCGAGAGACCCAUAUUGACUGACUUCACGUACCUCCUGACUAAAGGCUUAUCGCUGAUGCUUUGCGGCCACAUUGUACCAAAUCAAGUGAGCCACCGUGCUCGUGAGGCUCUCUCGAACCGCGCCUACCACUGGUUCAACAAGCGGAAGAUCAAAGCGUUCUACAGUUUAGUCGACGACGUCAGCUUCAAAGAUGGCGCCAACGCGCUUAUACAGACUAGUGGCCUUGGUAAGCUGAAGCCGAACAUCCUGAUGAUGGGUUUCAAGGAGAACUGGCUGGACUGCGACCGUUCCGAAAUAGUCGACUAUGUGGAAGUUAUGCACAAAGCAUUGGACGUCCACAUGGCGAUUGCGAUCCUGCGUGUAGAAGGCGGGCAGUACACAAGUGAGGCGCUCGAUGACGACCUACAAGCCUAUCUGCAGGAUAUGAACGCUAAGGACCUUACCACGCUGACACGAUCUAUGGGGGACAACUGUAAGGAGUCCAAAUCUACUGAGAGCUUGAACACACACUCGAGAGGCAGCAGCAUGUCCGACGUGUCGCUGGGUUCCCCGCAACUUCGGCGUGCUGGUGUCUCUGCCGACCCCAACGCCGCUGCCAAUAAGCCCUCUAACACCGAACAGAAGGAGAGAAGCGGUGGCGGUGUAGCCGGAGCGGUGCGGCGCGCUCUCGGCGGCGCGGCCGCGCGGCGGGCGUCGUCCUUCACGUCGGUGGAGCACUUCACGAAGCGCCAGGCCGGCUCCGUCGACGUGUGGUGGCUCUACGACGACGGAGGUUUAACCCUCCUCCUGCCAUACAUCUUGUCAACGCGCCGCGCCUGGUCAUCGUGCCCGCUCCGCGUGUUCACGCUCGCCAACAAGAACACUGAGAUGGAACUCGAGGAGCGGAACAUGGCGUCCCUCCUAUCAAAGUUUCGCAUAGACUACUCCGCCCUGAAGAUGGUCUCGGACAUUACGAAGAAGCCCAAAGACUCGACUUUGGCGUAUUUCGAACGACUCAUCGCACCGUUCCGUACUACGGACGACUCCAAUGAUGCUCGCAUUACCGACGCAGACCUACUAGCGGCCCGCGAACGUACCCACCGCCAUCUCCGCCUACGGGAGCUCAUCUCAACACAAUCCUGUGGAGCUCGCCUCGUCUGUGUAACACUACCCAUGCCUAGGAGAAGGAACGUCAUACCACCUGCUUUGUACCUGGCUUGGUUACAUGCUAUAGCGACGUCUGUGGAUAGAGUGCUGUUGCUGAGAGGAAACCAUUCCGCUGUGCUGACAUUUUACUCUUAAAUUGGACCGUAUGUCAAUAGCAUUAAGGUCAGUUUUAUAUCAACCGUUGUCUCUUUCGAAAUAUUUCAACAAUGUAGCGCUCGACUUGUCUGUGUAACAUUACCCAUGCCUAGAAGAAGGAACGUCAUACCACCUGCUUUGUACCUGGCUUGGUUACAUGCUAUAGCGACGUCUGUGGAUAGAGCACUGUUGCUGAGAGGAAACCACUCCGCUGUGCUGACGUUUUACUCAUAAUUUGGACCGUAUGUCAACAGUAUUAAGGUCAGUUUUACAUCAACCGUUGUCUCUUUCGAAAUAUUUCAACGUUUCACUCAUAAUUUGGACCGUAUGUCAACAGUAUUAAGGUCAGUUUUGCAUCAACUAUUAUUCUACCUGAGUGACCACCCUUCCACUUUUGCUUAAUGAGAGAGUGAGAUGCAAUGACAUUGGACCAAGAAGGUGGACAGGUGGAAUACCAUACCGCUAUAGUGACAUCUGUGCUGUAAAAGGAAAACCAUUCAGCUGUAUUGACCUGUUACUCUUAAACUGAACCGUAUGCCAAUAGCAGGAAGAUCAAUUUUACAAUAAUGCAACUCCACCUAUGAGAAUGAAUUCAACAUUUAAAUAUAACCUCGUAAAAUUGCCUAUCGGGCGAAGUGAUAUACCACCGGCCUAAUACCUUGCUGAAGGUAAGUUUUAUGAAAACAAAUAUAAAUUUUCAAUAAUUGUUUUCAAUGUUUGAAAUUAGCAUAAAAUUGUUUUUAGUUGGAAUAUAGUACAAAUUUCCAAAGUGUAUUUUAGGCAUAUUAUUAAGUCUCGAAUAAACUGAUAUUUUGAAUUGUUUUAGUUACUUAGGGCCGCUGAAAUCAAACUUUAUUUUAGCUUAAAAUUAUCUUUAGAUUCUUUUGAGUCUCCGUUUCCAAAAUAGUGUUUUCAUCUUUUAUGUAAUAAUGUCCUAUGAUAUUUAUCUUUUAGCUCCUUGAUCAAGUUGAAUAGCAAAGUUAUUUCAAUGAGAAUGCAGCCAUGACAAGGCAAACAAAAUGUACAGUCGACUUUUUUAACUUUAUUAUUGUGUUCCGUCAAUAUUUCAAGGAAAUAGGUCAUAAUUUUAAUAUGGUGACUGUACAGUAACAUAAGGAGGAGAAUGAUUCUUAUUAUUAGGCACCUAUUACAAAAUUAUUAAUAUUAUUAUUCGAAUCUCUACAAUUAUGCAAUAUGGCGUUUUAUGCCCGCAUAUGUUAUAUGGCGCAUUAAAUGGCGUUUUAUGCCCGCUGAUAUGGCGUUUUAAUAACGCCUUGCUUAACUCUCAUAGUAUUAAUAAAUCAUGUAAGUAUAGCUUAGAUAACUGAGAGACAACCUUUAUUAAGCUUUAUUUUAUGAUUUCCUGAAAGUACAAAGUGGCUUUAUCGUAAAAUCGUAAUAUAUUUAACGGCACGAUUAAAAUAUUGCUAAGCGCAAUUUGUAUCGCAUUUUAUUAGAUGAGGCUUACUAACAUAACAUGCUAUUGAGUGAUCUGAGGGCCUACCGCGAAUCAUGUUCGACGUGUUACUUCCCUGUCACACUUACGUACGAAUUUACUAGUGCGACAGAGAGGCAGCAAGUCGAACGUGGUUCGCGGUAUGAGCCUAUAAUUUGACCAGCUUUAACUGAUAUAUUCCACUAUUAUUGAUAUUCCUAUUAUAAUACCUAUUACAUUCAUAUUUUUGUACAAUCGUAGGUAUACUUGAACUAUACCAGUGAGUGCCUGUUGUAACUUCUGAGUACUGAAUAUAUUUUAUACGAAAUGUAUACACAAGCUUUUUACAAAUAUACAAAAAUUAGAUGUAAGGUUUGGAGUGUAUUUUUGUAACACAGCUGUUUCAAACGUUAAAUUUGGUUUGGUUUUUAAAUUGUGUUUGAGUGCGUGUGUGUAAAAAAAAUUAGGCAAUUAUUCCAAUUAUAUUUGGCACAGAAAUAUAGGUUUAAAUUUAUACCUGUAAAAUUAUCCGAGUGAUGUAAUUAAUUUAUAUUUUGUACAUGUAUUUUUAAAGUUACCGAGAUGGCUAUGUGCACGGCUGUAGGCUAUGGUCUGGCGGCUAUGGGUCACAUUAGUUAUUUGACUUGUACACCCAUUAUUCGUACCUAGCCAAAAAAAACUUGUAUACCGUUAUAAUUCGCAAUAUAUACUGCGUAGCAGUUAAGCUUAGUAUACAUUUUUCAGAUUUUCGUUAUUAUUUAUUUUAUACCAUUUAUUUUAAAGCACAUAGCGCUUAUUUUUGUUUGUUUAUCGUAUUGCGUUGUUAUUUAAUUUAUUCAUUUAUUUAGCACAUUCAAUGUACCUUGUAAUUGUUAUUUUUAACCGUAGAAUAAGUCUGCUCGUAACUUAUUUUAGUCUAAAUAUACAAUGUCAGUUUUGUGAUUAAAUGACUUGAGACCA